AUGGUUGGUGCGAAGAAACUUUUGGUCAGUGCUUGGCUCUUGCCAGCAGCCUAUGGUGCUUUCUCAACAUCCACCACAACGGCCUCGGGCACUCGCUCUACCGCUGCUUCUUCGACCUCUUCGGGUGGAUGGUCUCAAUUUACCAUUCCAGCUGGCGCCGAUACUGGCGUUCAGCUGAUUGCCAAUAUUAAUGACCCUGAAGCCGUCGACGCGCAGUCGGUUUGUCCCGGGUACAAGGCAUCAAACAUCAAGGAAUCUGCUCGCGGAUUGACCGCUACUUUGACGUUAGCCGGAAAGCCAUGCAACGUCUACGGCAUCGAUGUUGACUCGUUGAACUUUUCCAUCGAGUACCUUGCUAAUGACCGCCUCAACGUUCAAAUCCUCCCGACCUAUCUCGAUUCUUCGAACUACUCUUGGUUCGUGUUGGAUGAGCUUGUCGUUCCCCGGCCCACUUCCAACCAUCGUUCUUCAAAGAAGCAUAGUGAUCUUGAGAUCACCUGGUCAAAUGAACCCUCUUUUAAUUUCAAAGUGACCCGCAAGGCUACCCGCGAUGCCAUCUUCGAUACAACUGGUUCGGUCCUGGUGUUUGAGAACCAGUUUAUUGAGUUUGUUACCUCCCUGCCGAAGGAUUAUAACUUAUAUGGCAUUGGAGAGCACAUCCAACAGCUACGCCUCUUGAGAAAUCUCACAUUGACUCUUUAUGCGUCGGAUAUUGGUGACCCUAUUGAUGAUAAUGUUUACGGCUCUCAGCCUUUCUACCUUGAUACUCGCUACUAUGAAGUUAGCCACAAUGGUCACCACACCCUGGUUGCAAGUGAUCAGGCCGAUCAGUCCAAAGACUAUGUUUCCUUCUCGCACGGUGUCUUCUCUAGAAAUGCCCAUGGUCAGGAGAUCGUCAUGAAUCCCGAGGGCCUGAAGUGGCGCACCCUGGGAGGUAGCAUAGAUCUCACUUUCUACUCGGGUCCUAGCCAAGCGGACGUGACCAAAAACUAUCAGCUGAGCACCAUUGGCUUGCCAGCAUUGCAGCAGUACUUUACUUUUGGCUUCCACCAAUGCCGCUGGGGUUACAAUAACUGGACUCAGCUUGAAGAGGUUGUCUCCAACUUUGACAAGUUUGAAAUUCCGCUCGAGACUAUCUGGAAUGACAUUGAUUAUAUGCAUGGUUACCGCGACUUUGACAAUGAUCAACAACGUUACCCCUACAGUGAGGGUGAGAAGUUCAUAGAUAAGCUGCACAGCAGUGGUCGUCAUUAUGUUCCUAUCAUAGACGCGGCUAUCUACAUUCCAAACCCCAAGAACGUCUCUGAUGUCUAUGAUACCUACACCCGUGGACACAAGGAUGACGUCUUCCUGAAGAAUCCUGAUGGAAGUGAAUACAUUGGCGCUGUCUGGCCCGGCUACACUGUCUUCCCCGACUGGCACAAUCCUAAGACAGGCGAUUUCUGGGCAAAUGAGAUCGUUACCUGGCACAAGAAAAUAGCCAUUGAUGGCAUCUGGAUUGAUAUGAACGAGGUUUCUUCCUUCUGCGUUGGCAGCUGCGGAUCUGGAAACCUUAGCAUGAACCCAUCUCACCCUCCGUUUGCACUGCCUGGAGAGUCUGGCAACGUUAUUUAUGACUACCCGGAAAAUUUUGAGGUCAGCAACAAGACCGAGGCUGCAUCUGCAUCUACAGCGGCGUCCAGACAGGCUGCCGCUGCCACCGGCGGCUCUGUCUCUUCGUCCACCUCUUAUCUGCGGACCACACCCACUGCGGGAGCACGCAACAUCAACUACCCGCCAUAUGUGAUCAACCAUGACCAAGAUGGCCACGAUCUCAGCGCGCAUGCCGUGUCCCCGAAUGCCACUCACUCAGAUGGUGUCCAAGAAUACGAUGUGCACAAUCUCUUCGGUCAUCAAAUACUCAACGCCACCUACCAUGGCCUGCUAAAAGUCGAUAAAAAGAAGCGUCCUUUCAUCAUCGGCCGCUCAACGUUCGCAGGAUCUGGUAAAUGGGCCGGCCAUUGGGGUGGUGACAAUGCCUCUAGGUGGGCAUAUAUGUUUUUCUCUAUUCCCCAAGCCCUCUCAUUCUCCCUCUUUGGAAUUCCUAUGUUCGGCGUCGACACAUGUGGCUUCAAUGGCAACACCGACGAAGAACUCUGCAACCGCUGGAUGCAACUAUCAGCUUUUUUCCCCUUCUACCGCAACCACAACACCCUGUCCGCAAACUCGCAAGAGCCCUACGUCUGGGAAUCCGUUACAGCUGCCGCUAAAUCCGCCAUGAAGAUCCGCUACGCAAUCCUCCCCUACUUCUAUACCCUCUUCCACGAGGCCCACACAACCGGCUCCACUGUCAUGCGCGCCUUGGCCUGGGAAUUCCCUACAGACCCCUCCCUCGCCGCAGUCGACACUCAGUUCCUCCUCGGCCCAUCAAUCAUGGUCGUCCCCGUGCUGGCCCCGCAAGCGACUUCUGUCAAGGGCAUCUUUCCGGGCCUCAAGCACGGCGAGGUCUGGUACAACUGGUACACUCAGACAGCCGUGGAAGCAAAGCCAGGUGUCAACACCACCAUCCCCGCCCCGCUCGGCAAUAUUCCCGUUUUCGUACGUGGGGGUAGCGUUUUGCCAAUGCAGGAGCCAGCUUUGACUACAAAGGAGGCACGUGCCACGCCCUGGUCUUUGCUUGUCGCCCUUGGUGUCAAUGGAGCUGCUUCCGGGCAGCUAUAUCUCGAUGAUGGAGAGAGCAAUGCUCCGGAUGAGACACUUGAUGUUACUUUCAAGGUCAAGGGCUCCAUUUUGAGUGCCAGUGCGAGUGGUAACUGGGAGGAGUCGAAUCCUCUCGCUACUGUAACUGUUCUUGGUGUGUCUAAGAAGCCUGGCGAUGUUAAUUUUGGUGGUCGACCUGUGCCAGCUUCUGGGGUACAGUAUAAUGCUACCUCCCAUGUCUUGUCUAUUAGUGGCUUGCAAAAGUUGACAAAGAAAGGUGCUUUCAGCGAGGAUUGGACAUUGAAGUGGUAG